AUGGCGUCGGCCAAUCCCUGGAAGCAAGCAUUCAAUGCUCACGUUCAGACAUUGGCAUGUCCAACAUUCGCUUUUGCUACGGCUACAGCGCCGCAGACAGGGGGUAUAGCAGCUCCCCAUGUCAGGACUCUCGCCUUCCGGGGCUUCUAUGCUGAGCUCCCGUUCAACAAGUACAAUCCCGUGUCGAGUAACACAGGAUUCAAAUCAGACCUGAUAGCGUUCACGACAGACAAAAGAACGGAGAAGUUUAGAGACCUCGGCGGGGUUGAGGGAGUUGCGGCUUCUUCUCUACCGACGAUUACCAAUAUUGUUGAAGCCUGCUUUUGGGUACCGUCUGACCAAAAUCCGGCGGUUGGCAAGCAAUGGAGAAUACGAGGCAGAUGUUUUGUGUUACCAAGAGAUUUGGAUACAGAAGAUAAAGGAGUUAAGGAGACCAAAAAAUGGCUGAUAGAAAAAAUAUCAAGAAACGGUGGGGGUGAUGGGAGCGACUUCGACUUUGCAAAAGAAUACAAGGCGCAUUUUGGAAAUUUAUCACCGGUACUCCGGGGUUCUUUCAGGAAUCCGUUGCCCGGCACUCCAAAGGAACUUGGUGAUGGUGGUUUGGCGCCCAAAAGGCCGAUUGGGGAUGACCAAUUGGAUGAAGCGGUUGCACUAUCACAUUUCCGGGUCGCCGUUAUCGAGCCGACGCGAAUUGAGUACCUAGAUUUGGAAGGGCGAACUAAGACGGCUUGGGUACCAGUUGGAGGCGAUGCCGAGAAGGACGAGCAGCUGGAAAACCUCGGAAAGGUAGAUGGUGCGUGGAGGGAAGUAGAGCUUUGGACUUGA